UACAUAUUGAUCAUUACGUGUAAGCAUAUUAAAUUGACAAUAGAUACGAGUUUGAUGUAUAGAUUUACAGAAGAAUGGUUGAAAAUAGCCGAUAUCACAAUAGAACAAAUGAGAUUGAAGAUGACUACCUUAAAGUCUCAGAUAAGGAAAGUCAAGCUGCAGAUGCAGCAGAGGAAAGAACUCGGCGAGACUCUACGCGCUGUAGAUUUUGAACAAUUGAACAUAGAGAAUCAAAUUUGCAUACGAGAAAUCGAUGAAAAGAAUCGAUAUCUGCUCGAAAUGAAAAGGAUCGUGGGUCGUUACAGUAUUGCAUUGACCAAGCACAAGGAAAAAUUAGGUAACUUGAUAUCCAUCGUGAAUGAAGUGAGAAACAACAUUGCUUUUAAAAAACAGGAAAUUGUGAAACUGCAAUCGGAAAAAGUAGCUAUGAAGGUUGAAAUAAAGAAAACGGAAAAACAGCUCAAGUCAGUGAUG